CGCGGUGGGCGGAGUUCUCUAUGUCUCCGCCCCUUACCCGGCGAGCUCUGCGUCCGCAGGCGCUGACGUGGCCGCCGUCAGAGCCGCCAUCUUGUGGGAGCGAAACCAACGCCUGGCUCGGAGCAGCAGCCGCUGAGGUGUCCCUGGCCAGUGUCCUUCCACCUGUCCACAAGCAUGGGGAACAUCUUCGCCAACCUCUUCAAGGGCCUUUUUGGCAAAAAGGAAAUGCGCAUCCUCAUGGUAGGCCUGGAUGCCGCGGGGAAGACCACGAUCCUGUACAAGCUAAAGCUGGGUGAGAUCGUGACCACCAUUCCCACCAUAGGCUUCAAUGUGGAAACCGUGGAGUACAAGAAUAUCAGCUUCACUGUGUGGGACGUGGGUGGCCAGGACAAGAUCCGGCCUCUGUGGCGCCACUAUUUCCAGAACACACAAGGCCUGAUCUUCGUGGUGGACAGCAAUGACAGAGAGCGCGUGAAUGAGGCCCGUGAGGAGCUCAUGAGGAUGCUGGCUGAGGAUGAGCUCCGGGAUGCUGUCCUCCUGGUGUUCGCCAACAAGCAGGACCUCCCCAACGCCAUGAAUGCGGCCGAGAUCACAGACAAGCUGGGGCUGCACUCCCUACGCCACAGGAACUGGUACAUUCAGGCCACCUGCGCCACCAGCGGCGACGGGCUCUAUGAAGGACUAGACUGGCUGUCCAAUCAGCUCCGGAACCAGAAGUGAAUGCGACCCCCCUCC